UUCUCGUUUUUUUCGUUUGAAGUGUCUUUCUUAAGAUCAAUUUUUUUUUUACAUAAUGUAUAAAUGUUUGUGGUUUGAGUGUUACAUAACGUGUGUUGGGAUAAUAGGAUUUAUUGGAUUAUAAGACAUCAGGGAAUGUAUCCACAAUUAACCGACGAAAUUAAUUAUGGAACUUAACUACAGCAAAAGAAUUUUAUUGAGAUAUGCGACGUGGCACAAUAUAAAAUGCUUGUGAAAUGUUUAAAUUUAGAAAAUAAUAUUGAUUCCAUUUUGAAACAGUGUGCAAUUCAACUAUAUGAUUUCCAAUGCGAUCCCGACGAUUCGGUUAUUUUCUUUAUAUUGAAUUAUGUGAAAUGUACGAUUUUCAGUUGUUUUAUUGAACCAAACGUACUCAGUGAUUUGAGAGGAAAUAGUUACAAUUCGGAUGUAGUUUGUUGGCGACAAGACAACGAUGAAAUUAAGUGUUAGUGCUUAUCGCGCUCAUGCUUCAGCACACAAAAAAAUCCUUUCUAGCAGCUACCAGACAACGCUCAAUUACGGGAGCACAUCUGCUGCUGCGGCCACUAGUUCAACAUCAUCUCAAUUAUUUUCGAUGGAGCCAACCGAUGCUCAGUUGACUACAGCCACCACCCAAUCAUCGUGUCCUACAACAAUUUCGGGUGGUACACAACAAACGGGUGGCAGUAUACUCAGUCCAAUGGCAUUAUCACCCGGUGAAACCAGAACUGGUUCGAUGGUAACAUCGAAAGAAGACGAAGAGGAUUCCAGUAAUGCUGCAUCUUCCGAUUGCAAAAGCCCAGGCCAACGGACGAAAUCAAAUCAACGAUGGAUGAAACUACGUACAACCGUUCAGCUAUCAUCGGCGAUACAGAAAAAACCACCACUGAAACGGGAAGAUUCAUUUUUAAAACGAUUUUCCACCAGGCAGAUACCGGAAACACAGGAAACGAUGGAAGAAACUGGAUCUGAAAGUGCAUCAGGCGAUCACGAAAAAACAAUGAAACGUCGACGAUACAAUCGAAAACGAAUAUCAGUCGUAAAUCCUGACGAAAAUUUUUAUUUCUAUUGGUUAAUGGUGCUGACAUUUUGUAUUUUAUAUAAUUUAUGGACAUUAAUUGUGCGACAAAGUUUUCCGGAAUUGCAGGCUCAAAUACCGAAUUUCUGGUUAUUCUGUGAUUGCCUUACUGAUAUAAUAUUUCUUCUGGAUAUUGUUGUUCAACUAAGAACUGGUUAUUUGGAACAAGGACUUAUGGUCUAUGACGAUAAAAAACUAGCAACCCAUUAUAUGCGCUCAAGAAAAUUUUUAUUCGAUUUAGCAGCAUUAUUACCGUUAGACCUUCUUCAAAUUAAAUUAGGAACUCAACCUUUGUUACGAUUUCCACGUUUUUUAAAAGUUUACAGAUCUGUUAAAUUUUAUUACAUUGUUGAGAGUAGAACGGUUUGGCCGAAUUUGUGGCGCGUAGUUAAUUUAAUUCAUAUUCUACUGAUAUUGGCACAUUGGUUUGGUUGUUUCUAUUUUCUGUUAUCAGAAGCUGAAGGCUUUCAGGGGGACUGGGUGUAUCCAUAUCGUCCAGGUGAUUAUGCAACGCUGACGAGAAAAUAUUUGGGUAGUUUGUACUGGUCAACGUUAACGCUAACAACGAUUGGAGAUCUUCCCACACCAGAAACGAAUGCAGAACCAUCAUCAUCGGCGGACGGCCCCAGAUCAAUACCACGUCGUGGAUUAAAAUCCCGUCUUCUACAGUUUGCUUCAAGCUAUGGAUAUAUCUUCACCAUCGUUAGUUACCUGAUCGGUGUGUUUAUUUUUGCAACCAUUGUUGGUCAAGUGGGCAACGUUAUUACCAAUCGCAAUGCGAAUAGACUGGAAUUCGAACGACUAUUGGAUGGUGCUAAAACUUACAUGAGACACCAUAAGGUUCCAGGUGGCAUGAAGAGACGUGUUUUACGAUGGUAUGAUUACAGUUGGUCUCGUGGCCGUAUUCAAGGUGGUGGAGAUAUUAAUACAGCUCUUGGAUUGUUGCCAGAUAAAUUAAAAACUGAAUUAGCUCUCCAUGUGAAUUUAAGCGUCUUGAAGAAGGUAACCAUUUUUCAAGAAUGUCAACCGGAGUUCCUACAUGAUUUGGUGCUAAAAAUGAAAGCCUACAUUUUCACACCGGGUGACUCGAUCUGUCGAAAGGGUGAAGUAGCUAGAGAAAUGUUUAUUAUUGCCGAUGGAAUAUUAGAAGUGUUAAGCGAAACUGGUAAAGUGUUAACGACCAUGAAGGCUGGCGAUUUUUUCGGAGAAAUUGGUAUUUUAAAUUUAGAUGGCUUGAACAAACGAACGGCUGAUGUACGAUCCGUUGGAUAUUCGGAAUUGUUUUCAUUGUCACGCGAAGACGUACUGGCAGCGAUGAAAGACUACCCGGAAGCGCAGGAAAUACUACAGACACUUGGCCGGAAGCGAUUAAUGGAAGUUCGCUGUGUGAAUAAGAAACAUGCAACGAAAAUGGCCGCCGAAAAGGAAUCACUGUCAAGUAACGUCCCACAAGCUCAUGUAACUAAUAGUAGUGACCAUAGAACGUCUAAACGAAUUGUAGAUAAACUGCGAAGUGAUGUGAAGGGCAUUAAGAAUGUGCUCAGGAAAUCAAGGACAACCGGUCGACGCAGCAAUGAGUCGAUUGAGUUGCAACCGCUACAAGGCACCAUUCGUACACCGAAAGGUGUACUUCGUCGAAUGCCCAGAGUUCGGUCCGACGAAAUGACUGGCGACGGUGACGAUCAUGUUGAUAUUAAAGAGAAAACGCCGAGUCCUAUUGGUGCUGGUUUGCCGCUACUGCAGCGAUUACGUUUAUUGAAGGAGAAACAAGAUCGCGAAGAGCGAGCUGUAAAACCUGCACCUCCAAUGAUACCAUCACCUCAAACUCAUGUAAGAUCCGCUGUUUCGCCACAGCAAUCAAUACAAGAGGAGCCAGAACGUGAAGUGCUUGGCGCCGGCUUGCCUUUAAUGCAACGCUUGAAAUUGUUGAAAGCUAAAGAAGAACGCUUAGCGAAAGAAUGCCAGAACAAGAUUCAAGUACAAUCAUCGCAGUCGCAGCCACAGUCAUCAUCAUCAUCAACAUUCAGUGCCAUUUCAACAAUAACAUCGCUCAAAUCAUCUGCGACACCUUCCACUAGUGCUGGUUUGAGUCCGUCCGGAUUAGGAAAGCCACCGUUAAAAGUAUCGUUUCGUGAACGCAUCAAAGGCCUACAACAAGAAUGUACCAAAUCGCCCACGGAACGGGAACCAAAAGCCUCCGGUGAACCGGCCGACAUGAAAGAGCAACUAAUUUCCGGCACAUCAUUUAGUAGUAAGCUUAGCAAACCGUCCACACUUUCAAUUAAGGAUAAGAUAAAACAAUUGGGACACAUCAAUCAACCGAAAAUGAUCGACGAACAAUCGGGUCAGUUGAAGCCAUGGUCCAAACUGAAAAUGGCCACUGUUGUAAAUACUGGCGGAAGUUAUACGAGUCUCAAUAAUAGCAUAAACGAAGAAUCUCCCAGUGACUUGGAAACAAUUCCAUUGAAAGAACCGUCUACAGAAAGUGGCAGCUCAAGAACGGCCGACAAGAAAAAAGUGAAAAGUGAUCAUGUUAGCGCAAGUGAUAGUGAAAUCAAAAGUGAUUUAGUCAAAGACAAAGUGCCAAAGAAGAUACCGAUACCAUUUAAAAUCCAACGCGAACCAAAGAUGUAUAGAUCAGUGGACGAUUUAUCGCCUGAGUACAGUGGCCUUCCAUUUGUAAAAAAGUUAAAAAUUUUAAACGAACGUCAAAAGUUAGCUGAAUUGGAAUCUGUCAUACAAACCCGAAGCUUUAGCUUGGACUGUACUGAGUCCGAUAACGGAACCGAUCUUAUGGAACCAUUAAUACGAAGCCACAGCGAAGCGUCUGGAAUCGCUCGUCCGAAAGCAAUACAUUCCGGACAUUCCGGUGUUCCUGUCGUCGCUCCGUUGAUCAUUCAACCGUGCCUACAGUCACCCCUCAGUCCCGAGUCGAACGAAACGUUAGAACGGCGUAACCUGAAAAGUAUAUUGAAAAAAUUGUCGGAGGAAAAAAGUCAACAGCAGUGUGUGAGCGGAAGCGGUGAUGAAUCGAAACCGUCGGAUAUGAUGGGAUUGAUGAGAGCACCUACCGUUGAAGGGUACGUGGCUAGACACAGCAAAUUUAUGAAGAGCGUAACCUUCAAUUCAACUCUUUCUAGUCCGCCAAACAGUGCUCAUAGUGUCCAGAGUGCUGUUCAAGCGGUGGAAGAACGAAGCCUUUUUCCUGUACUUAGCGCACAAAAUUUAGAUACGACGACAAAUAAUUCGGAUGUUAUUAGUGAUCAGAUAGAUAAUAGUACAAAUAAAUUAGAUACGGAUUGUCAAGAGAGUAACUAUCUGAGCAAAUAUGAAGAUGGAUCGCCGAAAUCGACGCCGUUCAUUUCGAAAAAGUUCAUCAAAGGCUCGAUUGAGGAACACGAAUACUUUGGCGAGGUGUUACUUGGUAUCAAACAUGUUAUCCAGAAUCAUUUACGGGAAGUGCAAGUGAAGUUUCAAGACCGUUUCCUCAGUCUUGAGUUGGAUGUUCGACAACGUGACGAAGUAAUCACCCAAUUACAGCAUCGAAUACAAGAGUUGGAAGAGAAUCCAUCAACACAUAUGCAUCAGAUGAAUCGAAUGGGGAGUGCAGCAGCAUCGAUGAAAAGUGGCAGUUCCGGUUCGAACGAUAUACCGUUUGUCCGAGGUGAUUCGGUGGAUACAAUCUUUGUGUCAUCACCACCAUCGGAAUACGACCGAUCACGAACGAAAAUGAAAUCGAAAAAACGGAACUCACCGCGCCGAACCAACGUCGAUCGUUCGAUGGAGGAAAGCAGCGAUCAAGACAGCUUCCAUCGACAAAUACCAGCUGAAAUGCUGCGCUUAAAUCGCGGUGUUAUGAUGACCGACGCGGCUGGCAAUAUCACCGAAAUGUCCCAGUCGGUUGUGCUGAACAUCGACAACAGUUCACGGACGAGUUCCAGUUCGGGUGAAUCGCAACUGGACGACGAUUACAAUGACAAUGAUGACGAAGAACUGCAUUGUGAUGAUUGGGAGAUUCGUAUGCUAGCGGCAGAGUUGAAUCGGCGAGAAAGUAAGAAAGACGAAGCAAGUUCCGAAACUGGUAGCGGACCAGACGAGCACGGUAGACUGUUGCGCAGGCGUCGCAGAAAAGAGAAAGCAGCUGAUACUGACUCAGAGAUCAGUGAUAAUGGAAGUGAUCAUUUGAGCAGACCGAGGGCAGCCAGUCUUGAUCAGCACAAUUUGAGGCGUCAAACUAGCAAAGGCGUUUUUAAGGCCAUGAGUUUUGACCGCGACAAAGAUAGACUUUGAGAAUUAAGAUGCGAAAUUUGUAUAUAUGCAAGUAUCGGUACAUGAAUAUUUCGUCCGUGCUAAGUACGUUAAAGGAGAAAAAAUUUGUUUUAAUUUUAGAAGACAUAAGAUCGGUGAAUUGGGACCGUAGGUCCGUUUAUUAGUCGGUGCACAUUUUAAACAAUAAAAGUCUCAUGUUUAUGACUAACAUCGAAUUUCGAUUCAUUUGGAAUUUAGCAAGUAAAACAACACAUUUGUGAUGUGUCACCUAUUAGAAUUCCACUCCGUUGUUGGUAGUUUUGCGGCCCAACCAAUCAAUAGGUCCAAUUGUUUUUUUUUUCAAGUGAACUUCAAUCAAAAUUGCAAUAAAAAUGGUUUAAACUGUCUACCGUUCCAAUCAACAAACCUGCGAAUCAAACAAAAUUUAUUGCACACGAAAGUAUUUCUCACGCUCUCGUUGAUAAAAUUUAGGUUGUGCAAAGACGACCCCAAGUCAUAAACAAAAAGGCCAACAUAUCAUGAAGGUAAAAUAUUUUUUUUUUUAAUUUUCAAUUACACGUACAUUGUCAAUUUAAGGAUUUCGCCAAUUGUUGAUAUCGAUUUCAUUGACAUCUCAAUUUUACUUUUAAUAUUUUAAUAUCCAUCGUCAUUCGAUCGCAAUUUUCAUACUUUAUAAACAUAUUUUAACACGAUAUUUAUAGUCGUAUAUGAAACGUCUCCCGUGUUGUUUUUGUCGAUGAAAAAGUUUCUGGAUGAUACGAGCGGAUCUGAUUGAAUUUGUUUUUUCAUUGCACACCGUAUCAAUGAAACUAUACAGUCAGCGACGUUGAAAUUAAGUGACACAUUAUGUUUCCGCUGUUUUUUUUAGCUGAUCCACUCCGAAAUAAGUGUCAAAGUCGCCGAUUGUAAUCUAUUAAUUUGGGCAUCAGUAAUGUAUUCUUUUGAUAUUAUUGUAGCCCGUCCCCAGUUUAUAUGUGUGUUCAGAUGAAAUUUGGGAACGAUGUAGAAGGAGAGAGUUUCGUCCUUUAAAAAAAAAUCGGUUUAGUUGUAAGUCAUACAUUAACAACAAAAACAACAACAAAAAUUAUGAAUUUUUUCUGGUGGUUAUACUGAAUUAAGAAAAUUGAAUAAAUUUAAAAAAUUAAAAUCUCUUUACGAUGGUAAUGAAAGCUUUAUAGUUAUUUAAUACGAAAACAUUUAAACAAAAUAAUGAAAUUGAAUAAUUGUAUUUUUAGAUAAAUCCAAAGUACAUGUAACCAACCCCCCACUCAAACAAACAAA